AAGGAAGGACACCCCCCCCCCUACCCCCGUCGCCUCCCGUGCUUGCUUCUCCCUCCCCCUGUCGUCGCUGCUGACGCGCGGCUGCCUAUUAAUCAUUCGCCAGGCGGAGAGCAGCAAUUAAUGCCGCUCGGAGCCGCGGCGGCAGCAGCCCGGGGCCUCCCUCCCCAUGCCCGUGCCCGCACCCGUGCCCGGCUCGGCGGGGCGAGCACGGGGCGCCGGGCGCCGUGAGCCGGGGGGCGGGGAGCGGAGGGCAGGGCCGGCGGGGGAUGCUCCCCGAUGGCACCUGCCCCUGGCUGGCGGGCGGCAGUAGCGGCGGGGCGCCGGCAGCGGGGGGCAUGGACUCGGGCGGCAGGAACUCCUCGGGGGCGCCCAACAGCACGACGCUGAGCGAGGCGCAGGGCAGCGCCAUCCUCAUCUCCUUCAUCUACUCCGUGGUGUGCCUGGUGGGGCUGUGCGGCAACUCCAUGGUCAUCUACGUGAUCCUGCGCUACGCCAAGAUGAAGACGGCCACCAACAUUUACAUCCUCAACCUGGCCAUCGCGGACGAGCUGCUCAUGCUGAGCGUGCCCUUCCUGGUCACCUCCACGCUGCUGCACCACUGGCCCUUCGGCUCGCUGCUCUGCCGCCUGGUGCUCAGCGUGGACGCCAUCAACAUGUUCACCAGCAUCUACUGCCUGACGGUGCUGAGCGUGGACCGCUACAUCGCCGUGGUGCACCCCAUCAAGGCGGCCCGCUACCGCCGGCCCACCGUGGCCAAGAUGGUGAACCUGGGCGUGUGGGUGCUGUCCAUCCUCAUCAUCCUGCCCAUCAUCAUCUUCUCCAACACGGCGGCCAACAGCGACGGCACGGUAGCCUGCAACAUGCUGAUGCCCGAGCCCACGCAGAAGUGGCUGGUGGUCUUCGUGGUCUACACCUUCCUCAUGGGUUUCCUGCUGCCCGUGGUGGCCAUCUGCCUCUGCUACAUCCUCAUCAUCGCCAAGAUGCGCAUGGUGGCGCUCAAGGCCGGCUGGCAGCAGCGCAAGCGCUCGGAGCGCAAGAUCACGCUCAUGGUCAUGAUGGUGGUCAUGGUCUUCGUCAUCUGCUGGAUGCCCUUCUACAUCGUGCAGCUGGUCAACGUCUUCAACGUGGAGCAGGACGACGCCACCAUCAGCCAGCUCUCCGUCAUCCUGGGCUACGCCAACAGCUGCGCCAACCCCAUCCUCUACGGCUUCCUCUCGGACAACUUCAAGCGCUCCUUCCAGCGCCUGCUCUGCCUCAGCUGGAUGGACAACGCCGCCGAGGAGCCGGUCGACUACUACGCCACCGCCCUCAAGAGCAGGGCUUACAGCGUGGAGGACUUCCCGCCCGACCGCUUGGAGUCGGGCAGCGUGUACAGGAACGGCACCUGCACCUCGCGGAUUACCACGCUCUGAGGGCGGGCGGGCCGGCGGGGCCCGGGGUGAAGCCGCACCCCCGCUCCGACCGGCAGCUGCACUCGCCCGGGGCCUCCCUGCCUCCCUCUCCUUGCCGCUCGGCCCCUGCCCCUGCCCCUGCCCCGCGGGGCUGGCGCUGCCCCUGUCCGAGCCUGCCGAGCCGGGGCCGCCCGCCCCCCCUCCCCCUUUGCCGCCGGCGGGGAGCCCCGCUCACUGCCGAGGCAGCGCUUGCCUUCAGGGGAGAGCCCUAGGAACUGCCACUGCCCCGGGCAGAGCAUCCUGCCCGGCCUCCCCCGCGGGCUGCUGGAAGGGAGAGUGACCCCAGCCGGAGUGGGGGAGGGCAGGGUCUGCAAGACAGGGGCAAACUCCUCCGGGCCUGUUGCACGUGGGGCCAGUAGCGCCCGCUGUCGCUGCAGGAAGAGCCGAGCCGGGGGCAAGAGGAGGACCAUGCAGAGCCAGGGGUGCGGGGCGAGACGCGGAGUGGGGUGGGGGUAGGGAGGGGGAUGGUCCGCGCUGCGAGGGGAAACGCGAUUAUUGCAUUAUCCCCGCGUGGCACAGCCGGCUGCUGCUAACAGGGAGAUAAACAGCCCCGUGACUCGCCGCGGGGGAGAGGGCGGGGGAAUGUUUGCCCUGGGAAAUGUCUGAAUGUGCUGGAACAUAUAAUAAAGGUGUGCAAAUACUAAAGUUGAAAGGGAGCGCUAGACUGUGCAGCGCUCGUCCCACGCUUGCUCCAUUCAUAAGAUGACAUAACACGAAAGGGAACCGAGCUGUGGCCGAAGACCAGUGGCGCGGCCACGGCCUCAGUUCAGCCCCCGCGGGACACGGACGGCGGGAGUGGAGGGGCUCCGCGCCGCUCCCGAGCGCUGGGCAGGAGCCUCCCCCCAGGCGCUCGCGGGCUCCCCAGCGCCAGGCUGCACCUUCCUGUUGCACUGCAAACGACAAGGGGUUGUGGAUCAGCGGUGUAACAUAUCUCACAGCUCCAGUGUAUGUUUGAUUUCCUAGAACUGUCCUUUUUAAGUGUGUGCUGAACAUUUUUUGUUGUUGUUGCUGUUGGUUUGUUUUGCUCUAUUUUUGUUACUGUAUUGUGAAAACGUUCUCUCUCUCAGGCAAUUUAUUUAUACUGUGUACUUAAGUCUCAGUGGCUACUCACAGAGGUAUGUUUCAAAAGGGUGAUGUGCAAGAAGGCUUUUUCUCAGAGGAAAAAAAAAAAAGAUUAUAACCUUUGUUUUUUCCUCCUGGACCUUCUGUUUACAUUGUUUCCUUUCACAGACUUCUCUUUCCUUUUGUCUUUUUCUCCUUGUCCCACAGACCUUUCAGAAUCCAGAUGGCUGUUCUUACAGAUAAAGGGCGCUUUCUUACUGACAAAUAACCGUGGCCAAAACAAAGACUAACUUUCUUAUUUGCCCUUUAAAAUUAUACCAGUGGAGGCUGAGGUGAAACAAGAAUUUAGGAUUUUUUUUUCUGUUCUUGACUACAUCAGUUAGCACUGAACUAAUAAAUACAGGGUCCAGUAACAAUGGGCCCCUGUAACUGUAACAAAUUGCUUCUCCACCAUAAUGCUAAAUAAUAAUGUUACUAAUUACAACUAAUGGAGAAAAAGAAAGAAAACCUACUCAUGUCUAUUAAUUGCUAGAAUUUUUAAUAAAUCCAAGCAGAGUUAAUAGUAGGAUUAACUUACUAAGGCAUCUAGUUUUGUCGGGGCUUGCUAAGGUUCCUGGUUGCACUGUCAUGAAUUUUUCUUAGUAAAAAACAUCAGACCAUUUUGCAGAUCAUUCCCAUCAAAAAAUGCAGAAAUUAAAUGAAUGUAUAAAUAAUAUCUCAAUAGGGUCCUGAGCCAAUGCCUAUUGAAACUAUAGAAAGAUAUCUAUUGACUUUAAUGGUCGUGGGUCAGGCCCUUUUGGUUUAAAAAUAAUUGCUAAUGUGGAAACUGUUACAUCCGUAUUAAAUCAUUUUGUGAAAAGCUUUACAGUUUGUAUUAUUUCCGUCCUUUUAUUUUUCAGUGGCCUGCUCAUUUAAAAAGAACCUAAAGGAUAACUCUUACGAUAUUUAUUAACAUUUCACUGAAAACAAGCUUUAAAUUGGUUUUAAAAGAGAUUAAAAUUAUGCCGUAGUAUUUUUACAUCUUUAGAGUUUAAUUUCAAAUCUUGAUCUUUGUUUCCUUAAAAAAGAUUUUAAUCUAGUGCUCUUACACUGUCAUUUUACCCAGAAAUACUGUAAUGCAGUAUUAGCUUAAUAAACAGAUAUAUUGUAAUCUGCAA